AUGUCUUCAUCGCCUCCGGCGCCGACGGUGGCGGACGCGGCGGCGGCGGGCGCGCCGGCGUCGCAGCUGGCCAUCAGCAACGGGGUGCUGCUGGCGGCGGUGAUAUUCCUCUUCAUGGUCGUCGUCUUCGUCUUCCUCCUCUACCUCUACGCCAAGCGCUUCCUGGGGGCCAACCCCAUGCUCAACGGCGCCGGCGCCACCUCCUCGCGCUUCAUCUUCGUCGGCGACUCCCCGUUCCCGCGCCGCGGCCUGCCGGCCUCCGUGCUCCGGAGCCUCCCCGUGGCCGUCUACGGCGGCGGCGCCUCGCCCAAGACGCCCGGCGGCAGCGGGAGGAGGAAGAACGGCGAGGCGCUCGAGUGCGCCGUGUGCCUCUCGGAGGUGGCCGACGGCGAGAAGGUGCGGACGCUGCCCAAGUGCGGCCACCGCUUCCACGUCGACUGCAUCGACAUGUGGUUCCACUCCCACGACACCUGCCCGCUCUGCCGCGCCCCCGUCGGCGCCGACGCCGAGUCCGCCGCGGAGGGGCUCCCCCGCGUGCCGCGCGAGGACCACGCCGCGCCGGAGUUCCCCAUGUUCCCCACCAACGUCCUGUUCUGGGGCACCCACGAUGACGUCGCCAACGGCGGCCUCGGGGGGAUGCCGCCGGCGCCAGCCCCGGCGCCCACGAUCGCCGCCGCCUCCACCAGCUCCUCGGCCUCCGGGCGCAGGAAGGAGAACCUGGUGAUCGACAUCCCGACCCGGGCGAUGGCGGUGAGCGCGGCGUCGUCGUCCCCCGCGACGCCGCUGCCGGCGAGCGACCUGCGGUCCCCGAUGUCCGCCCGGCUCCGCUCGCUGCGCCGGCUCCUGAGCAGGGGCAAGCAGGCCGUGGUGGGCGCGUCCUCCUCCAGCCCGCGCGGCGGCGGCAGCGACGUCGAGCAGGGCCUCGCCGGGCGCCCGCCGAAGACACCCAAGACACCUCCGGCGACGAACUGA